AUGGUGAGGACCUGGUGUGAGCAGGUGGAGCAUGGCCAGGGAGAGAUCUGCUGCGUGGGAGGAGUAUGGCAUGAGGAAGAAGAGAAGAAGAAAGGACAGACAGAGCAGAGUGGCCCCAAACCACCACCUCCUGAGGGUGUGAAGUCCAACCCCUCCAAGCGGCAUAGAGACAGACUCAACCAGGAGCUGAACACGCUGACUGGCUUGCUGCCCUUCCCCGAAGAUGUGCGUGCCAGGCUUGACAAACUCUCCAUCCUCCGACUGGCUGUCGGAUACCUGAAGGUGAAGAGCUACUUGACGGUUGCUCUAAAGAAUUGCGGCGCCAAAGAAGCGGAGAGAGAUGGAGACUGUGGCAACGGACCAGCUCCGGGCUCGGCAGCGGUACCGGAGGGUGAGCUGCUCCUACAGGCGCUCAACGGCUUCGUGCUGGUGGUGACGUCGGAAGGACUGAUAUUCUACUCCUCACAUACAAUUCAGGACUAUCUGGGGUUUCAUCAGACGGAUGUCAUACACCAGAGUGUCUUUGAGCUGAUCCACACCGAGGACCUAUUCAGGCGCAACCUCCACUGGGCACUCAACCCACCCCACGCUUCCAAGGGUGGACCUUCUGCAGAAGGGGAGAAGAGUUUCAGCUCUUCUGCUGUCGCUUACAAGCCGGAUCAGCUGCCCCCAGAAAACUCCUCCUUUCUGGAAAGGAGCUUCGUGUGCCGCUUUCGCUGCCUCCUGGAUAAUUCCUCCGGCUUCUUGGCUUUAAACCUUCAAGGCAGGCUGAAAUUCCUUCAUGGGCAGAACAAAAGGUCUGAAGAUGGGUCUGCGCUGCCACCCCAGCUCGCUCUCUUCGCUAUCUCCACCCCCUUGCAGCUCCCGUCCAUCCUGCAGAUCCGAACCAAGAACAUGAUCUUCAGGACGAAGCACAAGCUGGACUUCACCCCCUUGGCAUGCGAUGCCAAGGGGAAGAUCGUUUUGGGCUACACCGAGGCGGAGCUGCGGAUGUGUGGCACCGGCUACCAGUUCGUCCAUGCUGCCGACAUGCUGUACUGCGCUGAGAACCACGUCAGGAUGCUGAAGACAGGAGAGAGCGGCCUGACGGUCUUCCGCCUGCUGACCAAGGAGAACCGCUGGAAGUGGGUGCAGGCCAACGCACGGCUUGUCUACAAGAACGGCAAGCCCGAGUACAUCAUUGUCACGCAGAGACCCCUCGUAGAUGAAGAAGGAGGAGAGCACCUUCGGAAGCGGUCCGUGCAUCUUCCCUUUACCUUUGCUACAGGAGAGGCGCUCCUAUACCAAAGCGCUUACCCUCUCCCAGGCUUCCCUGGCCCCUUCCAGAGCAAAGGGAAAACCAGCAAGUCCAAGAAGACCUCCUGCAGCCGUGGAGGACGCUCCCAGAAAGAUGCCGUUGACCCCAGUUCUCUGCUUGGUGCCAUGAUGCGACAGGACAAGGCAGCGUAUGUCUCCCAUCCAGCUGCUGCACCUAACCACUCCUUCAGCAGCAGUUUCGUGGACCAUCUUGAGGACAUGUCCUUGCUGGGUACAGGAGGAGAUGCCUGGAGCACGGGCGCUGCUCCAGUUUCUUCAAGGGGGGACAGCCUCAAAGGGGAGCUGGUGGAUUUGCAGCAGGAGGACCCUUUACUGGCCACCCUGGACUCGCUCUCAAUUAAGAGUGACGAGAGCUGUUCCAACAACGAGCUGUUCAGUGCACUGGAGGGCCUGGGGUUGAAUGCUGAGGACCUGGAGCUCCUGCUGCUGGAUGAGAAAAUGGUGAUGGUCAAUACGGAACGUGACCGCACCCAGUCCCUGAACGACUGCCUCGGCAGCGACGUUCUCUCCUAUGUCCAUGCCACUCUGGUGAACAAGUACGAGGGAGGACAACAACUCUGUCCCAUGCCAGGCGAGUCACCCAGGGCUCGGCAGCUGGAUGGUGGCUUCCCGGCCAUGCAUCCCACUCGAGAGGAUGCUCGCCGGUUCUUCUCCCUGCCUGACCAGGGCCGGAGGCAGCUUAUUCCUGACAAGCAGCUGACCCCUGUUCCCUCCGUGCCCCCGCACCCUUUUCCGAGCUCAGCUGCAGGGCGCUUGGGGAGCGUCGGCGUGGAGGAGACUCCCGUGAACUCCUGCGGGACACACACCUCCACGCUGAGCCAGGGGUGCAGGCACGGGCUAAUCGAAGACAUGAUGGAGUUGGAAGCAGAAGGGAGAAGAAAGCUGCUGAAGACACACGUGCACCAGAGCCUGCUCCCACUGCUUUUCCACCUGCAUGACGAGAACCAGCUGGUGGCAGAGGCCUCCUGGGGAGCCCUGCUUCGAGCGACCGAGUUCCUGAAGAACUGGAAGCUCCAGGAGCUGCUGAGGGAGGAGGAGCAGACAUGGCCGGUCGGCAAGUGCCUU